AUGGCUCCUAUCGCUACCAUACCCUCCACUGCAGCACCCAUGGUGGUUGGGCCUGCUACGAAGAAGGCCACUAGGCCAACCAAUGAUCUCCCCCAGUCACUAAUUGAUGGGGCUUGGGUUUUGGAGAAAGAGACUUUUGACGCUCAGAAGCAUCUGAGCUUCCAACCCCCAAGCAAGAUCCAUACUAUGAAGGAGAUUGGGUAUGAAGGAUAUGGUAUCUCACCUAAUGCUGUCUCUGAACCCUUUCCUCUCUUCAACGAGGCAGCCAUCAAACAAAUGAGGGCGGAGAUCUUCAGCAAGCCGGUUCUUGAAAAGUGCCAGUACUCCUCGACUUUCAACAAGAACAUGAUUCGAGGCAUGGGCCCUACCCUAGCCCCAUUUGUCUACGAUGCCUGGAAGUCGCCCGAAGUCAUCGCCAGAGUCUCAGAAGUCGCCGGAGUGGACCUAGUCCCGUCUAUUGAUUUUGAGAUUGCCAACAUCAACAUCUCAAUCAAUGAUCCGAGCACGGAACCCACCCAAACAUGUGACAAUCGACAAGAAGACGAACUCUCUGCUGUCGCAUGGCACUACGACAGCUUUCCUUUUGUCUGCGUGACCAUGCUCUCCGACUGCUCCGACAUGGUCGGCGGAGAGACCGCAUUAAGAACCGCCACGGGAGAGAUCAUGAAAGCUCGCGGACCGGCAAUGGGCACCGCCGUGGUCAUGCAAGGGCGAUAUAUCGAACAUCAAGCGCUGAAGGCACUCGGAGGCCGAGAGCGAAUCAGCAUGGUCACCUGCUUCCGACCAAAGUCUCCCUUCAUGAAAGACGAAACCGUCCUCACUGGUGUCCGCGGAAUCAGCGACCUAUCCGAACUCUACACCCAAUACACCAUUUACCGACUUGAAAUCCUGGAAGAACGGCUUCGCGCUCGAUUGAAAACCGAACGGCAGCGUGAACUGGCGAAGCGCCCGUACGACAUUGGGGAAGCAAGAAGCUUCCUGACCGAGCAAAAACAAUUCCUGGAAUCUAUGCUUGCCGAGAUUAUCGAGGUGUGA